GCCGCAGGGAGUAAUGUGAGUGCACCGAACCAACCAGCGCCACGCCGAUAUAAUUACCAUGACAGCUUUGCCUUCGGACAUACCAACAACUCUUUGAUGGGCAACGAUGGUAGAGUCACGUCCAACACUUUAAAUGAGAUUCAACUUGCGUCCACUGACGAGUCUCAUAUUACCUUAUAA